UCGAAGCUAACUUUUUCCCUUAGAUCUCGCGAGAGUUGCGUUGUCGUCAUCGUCGUGGUUCCAAAAGCAAACCCGACUCUAGUGGGCGCCGCCAUCUUUCUCCUGCGGAGCCUAAAGAGGCGGGAGGAGGACCUUUGGGCAUUUCGGGAAUUCUUGAGAAGGCCGACUCAGCGGGACAGAAAAGGGGUUUGGCUCAACGGUUCUUGUGUUUUCGCGUUCAGCCGUUUCCACGGAGGUUGGGGCUUGAGUAGGCGGCAAGAUGGCGGUGGAAUCUCGCGUUACUCAGGAGGAGAUUAAGAAAGAACCCGAAAAGCCUAUCGAUCGUGAGAAGACCUGUCCCCUGCUGCUGAGGGUCUUCACAACCAACAAUGGGCGCCAUCACCGAAUGGAUGAGUUUGCCCGAGGAAAUGUCCCCUCCAGCGAGCUGCAGAUCUACACCUGGAUGGAUGCAACUCUAAAAGAACUGACUAGCUUAGUGAAAGAAGUCUACCCGGAAGCAAGAAAGAAGGGCACACAUUUUAACUUUGCAAUAGUCUUCACAGAUCUUAAAAGGCCUGGUUACAGGGUGAAGGAAAUUGGCAGUACAGUGUCAGGCAGAAAAGGCACAGACGAUUCUAUGACUCUGCAGUCUCAGAAGUUCCAGAUUGGCGAUUAUCUUGACAUAGCAAUUACUCCUCCAAAUCGAGCACCACCUCCAUCGGGUCGCAUGAGACCUUAUUAAUAUUUUGCUUUCCUCUGACAGCUGCACUGUGCAUGGUUGUACUGAUUAGAAAAGGCUCGUUUUUUAAAAAAUGUGAAGUGAAAAUACUAGAAAAUCCAUUACGCGGUAGAAAUACUGAAAUUGUUAACUGUAUAUUUUUAGAAGGGUGUGCCCUCUCCGCUAGGUUUUCUUUGAUUAGCUGAAAAUCAGAACGUGCAGUGUUUCCAAAGUGUGUAAUGUUUGGCUAAAACACAAGUAGCGCUCUUGAGAUGUUUGAAACUAUACAUAGGACCAACCUUUAAUGUAUGUGGAAAUAUUAAAAUGAGAGCUGUAUUUCAUAA